AGGGUGCAGUGGGAAGUGAGUUCAAGAUCGAUGCGUCCUAUUUAUCACCAAAUGUGAGCAUUGCUGAAAGCCUUGAGCAUGCCACCAAGGUCUACAAGGUGAGCAUCCUUGCCUCGCAGGACCAUGUCUCACUCUGCUCAAAGGCUUUAGCCAGACAGUGCCGCCUGAUAGACAAGGUGACAAUGAAGGGCUCCAAACUGCCUUUGAGCCUGUAUGUUUAUGAUGUGGAAACUGAGCGUGUUCGAGUUCGGGAGUACAGUGAUAGCUUGGAAUGGAAUGUGCGAAAGCGCUUCAAAGCUCGGCAGCUCUUCGAGGUAGACAAGACUCGAAAAUGGGCCGCUGAUGUCAAUAUCGUCGAAGACUUCGUCACGCAGAGCGAUGACGUCAAAGUGAUGCGUAAAGUUUAUACCACAGAUUUCCAGCAGUUGUUCAACAUGGGGUACCAAAACUACGCCGAAGGCGAAUGGCGGGUAGCUCGCAGACUCUUGAAGGCUACGCAGGGCAUGCUUGGCUUCCAGGAUGGUCCCAGCACUGCAAUAUUGAAUUUCAUGGAGUCCUAUCACUUCGAGGCUCCUCCCAAAUGGCUCGGUGUGAGAGAGAUCCUGGUGCAUUGAAGCAUCCUGCGCGAUGAAUUUCUUCCUCGGGAAAUAAGACAUUCUUAUUCUAUCAGCUCGCCCUGCCACAUCCGGCAAUCUCGGAGUGGGUUGCUGCAUGGUCUUC